ACCAAUUUAUUUAUUUAGAUUCAAUCAAAAAAUGGAUUUUCAAUUAAAUCCAAUUUAUUUAUUUUACCCCAAUUUAAUUGGUUAUUUGCGAAUUAUUUUUGCUUUAUUUUCUUUUGCUGCAAUGCCUACACGUCCAGUAGCAGCUUCUAUUUGGUAUUUUUUGAGUGCUUUUUUGGAUGCUUUUGAUGGAUAUUUGGCUAGGAAAUAUAAUCAAAGUUCUCGUUUUGGGGCAAUGCUAGACCAAUUAACCGAUCGCUGCACUUUUCUCGGGCUUUUAAUGGCACUUUGCCAUUUUUAUCCUUCUUGUAUUUUUGUUUUUCAAUUUGUUGGAAUUAUUGAUGUUGCUUCUCAUUGGCUUCAUUUACAUGCUGGGGACCUGACUGGAAAGUUGGUUGCUUUUUUUAAAUUUUUUUCCUAG